GCAUGACUCUGCUGCCAUCUCAGCAGAGGAACAACGAGCUCUGUAACAAAGGUUCCCAGACGCUGCCCAGGGGACCCCAAAUGUGGAGGCAGGUAGGAAAGGGAUGGAAGAAAGCUAUGAGACAUUUGAGGAGGAGUUAGGGCCACCAAGAGCAGAUCCUCCUCCACAAAAGCCUGUUCGACAGAUCCACAGACCAGUAAAUCUCCAUCUGUCUGUUUCAGAAAUGUAUGCUACAAGAAAAAUCAGAGAGGAAAUGGCUCCAGCUUCACAGCCGCCAAGAGCAGAACCCAAGACUUUACCCAGAGAACCCAGCUUUCCUAGAACAACAUCCCUGCAUAAAACCUUGUCCAUCCAAAACCUGACCCAGAUUGAAACACCGUGGGAGAAUGUCACUCUGAACCGAUGUCUGUUCGUUGCCAUUACCAUCCUCGUGCUCACCUCAGGCUUUCAAAGGCUUCAUGAAACUCUACGAGGUCAGGGGACGCCAAAGGGGGAGGAAGAAGCUGGACUGACAGUGAGACGGUCAGGCACAUUACGACACAGAGGGCAACCUCCAGAGCCUGAGACAUCUCUGUGGGAAGUCAUGUUUUGGUGGCUGCCAGACCUUGAUGAUGAAGAGGAUGAGGAGGAAGAGGAUGACGAUGGAGAAGUCAAAAGGGGGAGGUCAAAGAAAGGAGCAAGGGCACAAACAUCAAGAGGUCUCAGAAACAAGCCGCUACCAGACAGAAAACUGAUGAAGCAAAGAGAUGGGAAUUUAAAGGACAGGAGAGCCAAGAAAGCCAGGGAUAAAGAAACCAAAGACAAGAAAGAGAGAGAUAUAAAAGAGGAAUUUGAAAAUGCAGCAAGCAAAGAAGAUGAAGAUGGUGAGGAGACAGCACCCAAGAAGAAUAAAAAGUUGGAGGACAAGAAAGAGAAGAAAAAGACUCAAAAGGGAUGAGCUGAUUCUUUCUUGUGUCAAACACGUCAUUUUCUAAUUCACCUAUACUGAUUUGAUUACAUUUAUAAAUGGAGGUGGUAAAUACUUUCAAAUACAACCACUGAGACUCCAAAUUAAUCUGCGCUUCCAGUCAAAUGGCCUAACACAAACAAACCUUAUUUGUUACAGCUUUUUGUUGCUUUGCUUGAUUGAUGAUUUUGUGUGAUGGCGCUUUGAUUUACCAGUGAAGUAAUUUGCAUUUUCUUGGAACUGAAAACCAUGCUUCAUUUGAAACGUUCAUGUCAUUAUUUGAUUACUCUCUUUUUGGUGUUAAAAGAAAUAAGAUCUCUUUAGUCAGCUGCUUAGCGAUGGUGCCAGCUCACUCAACUGCUGAUAAUACAAAGCCAGACCUCUCUAAUUUAUACAAAAAGGAAAGAAAAUGGGCAACAAGGAUCAAGUUUGUGUUUUUUUCAUCAAAGUUUUGACCAAUGUAUGUCCUGUUUGACCUGCACUUAUAUCAUCUGAGAGCCACUUCAAAGAGCCCAGUUAAAGGGUCUUCUUUGCAAAUUCACGCUUUUAUCACUGAGUAAUUCUGAUCCUAAAUACUUCAGGAACUUACUGUACUGUUGUUCAUCGUAUUAGAAAAGGUGUUUCAUCUGCUAUGACCCACUCACAUGAUCACUUGAUACACCAAUAAAUCUUUCCUUGUGUGAUGUCUUCGUAAAUGCACAGACUCCUGGAUGCAAAUGUUCUCCACAGCAUUUAAUUACAAAAACAGACUCUUAAAAGAAAUCUGAAUCAAAGCAUUUAUACAAAACA